GAGUGUGACAUGGCUGAAGCACAUCAGGCCGUGGGCUUCCGAUUCUCGCUGACCGCGGACGGGGCAGAAGCAGAUCUCGGGACACCGGUGUUGCAGGAGAUCUACCUCUCUGGGCUUCGCUCUUGGAAAAGGCGUCUGUGUCGCUUCUGGAACGACUUCCUCACUGGGGUGUACCCCGCCAGCCCCCUCAGCUGGCUCUUCCUCUUUGGUACAAUCCAGCUUGCCUGCUUCCUCCAGCUGGACCCUUCUCUGGGACUCAUGGAGAAGAUCAAAGAGUUGCUGCCAGACUGGGGUGGUCAUCACCACAGGCUUCGGGGGGCCCUGGCGGCCGCGCUAUUCGCCUCCUGUCUGUGGGGAGCCCUGAUCUUCACACUCCACGUGGCCCUGAAGCUGCUUCUGUCCUACCACGGCUGGCUCCUGGAGCCCCACGGUGCCAUGUCCUCACCCACCAAGACCUGGCUGGCCCUGGUUCGUAUCUUCUCCGGCCGCCAUCCGAUGCUCUUCAGUUACCAGCGCUGCCUGCCUCACCAGCCGGUGCCUUCGGUGCAGGACACCGUGAGCAAGUACCUGGAGUCCGUGCGGCCACUCCUCUCAGACGAGGACUUCAACUGGACAACGGUCCUGGCGCAGGAGUUCCUGAGGCUGCAGGCGUCACUGUUGCAGUGGUAUCUGCAGCUCAAGUCUUGGUGGGCGUCCAAUUACGUCAGCGACUGGUGGGAAGAAUUCGUGUAUCUGCGCUCUCGAAACUCGCUGAUGGUGAACAGCAACUACUAUAUGAUGGACUUCCUGUACGUGACGCCCACGCCGCUGCAGGCCGCCCGCGCCGGGAACGCUGUCCACGCGCUGCUGUUGUACCGCCACCGCCUGUGCCGCCAGGAGAUCCCGCCGACUUUGCUGAUGGAGAUGCGCCCUUUGUGCUCGGCUCAGUUUGAGAAGAUCUUCAACACCACCCGUGUUCCUGGGGUCCAAAAAGACCACAUCCGCCACCUCCGUGACAGCCGACACGUGGCCGUCUUCCACCGGGGCCGCUUCUUCCGCGUGGGAACGCACUCUCGCAAUGGCCUGCUGUCCCCGAGGGCCCUGGAGCAGCAGUUCCAGCGGAUCCUGGACGACCCCUCCCCGGCCUGCCCCCACGAGGAGCAUCUGGCGGCCCUGACCACAGCGCCCAGGGGCACGUGGGCCCAGCUCCGGCGAUCGGUGAAGACGCGGGCUGCCGAGGCCCUGGAGGCCGUGGAAGGCGCUGCUUUCUUUGUAUCCCUGGACUCCCAGCCCGCGGGGCUCAUGAAGGAGGACCCCGCGGCUUCGUUGGACGCCUACGCUCAUGCCCUGCUGGCCGGUCAGGGUCAUGACCGCUGGUUUGACAAAUCCUUCACCUUAAUUGUCUUCUCCAACGGGAAGCUGGGCCUCAGCGUGGAGCACUCGUGGGCUGACUGCCCCGUCUCAGGACACAUGUGGGAGUUCACUCUGGCCACUGAAUGCUUUCAGCUGGGCUACUCAGCAGAUGGCCACUGCAAGGGGCAUCCUGACCCCACACUGCCCCAACCCCAGCGGCUGUACUGGGACCUUCCGGAGAAGAUCCAUCCGUCCAUCUCUCUAGCUCUGAUGGGAGCCAAGACUUUGUCAGGAAACAUUGACUGUCACGUCUUGCCUUUUUCCCACUUUGGCAAAAGCUUCAUCAAACGUUGCUAUCUUUCUCCAGACAGUUUCAUCCAGGUGGCCUUGCAGCUGGCCCACUUCCGGGACAGCGGUCAGUUCUGCCUGACUUAUGAGUCGGUCAUGACGCGCUUGUUUCUGGAAGGCCGGACGGAGACGGUGCGGUCUUGCACGAGGGAGGCCUGCAACUUUGUGAGAGCCAUGGAGGAUGACACGAAGACGGACCCUCAGUGCCUCGCCUUGUUACGCGUGGCGGUGGACAAGCACCAGGCCCUGAUGAAGGCGGCGAUGACCGGGCAGGGGGUCGACCGGCACCUCUUCGCACUGUACAUCGUGUCGCGGUUCCUUCGCCUCCAGUCGCCUUUCCUGGCUCAGGUUCACUCGGAGCAGUGGCAGCUGGCCACCAGCCAGAUCCCUGUUCAGCAAAUGCACCUGUUUGACAUCCACAGCUCCCCGGACUACGUCUCUUCUGGGGGUGGAUUCGGACCUGCUGAUGACCAUGGUUAUGGCGUUUCUUACAUCUUCAUGGGGGAAGACAUGAUCACCUUCCACAUCUCCAGCAAAAAAUCAAGCACAAAAACGGACUCCCACCGGCUGGGGCAGCAUAUUGAAGAUGCCUUGUUGGACGUGGCCUCCCUGUUCCAGGCUGGACAGGGUCUUAGGCCCAGGCGCAGAGGGUUGAGGGAGAAAGACUCAGGGCACAAGUAUGGAUCCCUCUCCAGCCAGACUCAGAGCUUUGGGACACCCACAGCGUCCAACGACUUCUGA